CGAACAUUCCUCGACGCGUCGCCGCUGACAAGUCUCAAAUGUGCAAAAUCACGAGCGCAGUCUGUUGGUUAUCUUCGUGAGAACUCAUCGCAAUCGUGAUCAUAACAAUGAAAGAGGAGGAAACACAUCACGAAUCCAAGAUAGGAAGAGGACCUAAGGGUUUGGGUGAUCCUAAUGACCGGAGUUUAAGAAAGGUAGAGAAAGAUGUGUUAAUACCUAAAUUAAUGCGAGAAAUAACUAGGGCAGAAAAAUGUGCCAACGAAGUUAAUGACUUUAAUGAGUGCUGUGUAAAUUUUGGAUUGAGAAUGAUCAUAAAAUGCAGGAAAGAAAAUGCACAGAUGAAAACAUGUAUGGAAAAGUGGUAUUACAAUGAUGACUUUAUUAAAGAAUGCACAGAGCAAUAUUUGAACGAAAGGUCUGAAUACAGGAGAACUGGAAUACCUAAAAAGGGAAGAAAUAAGAGAUUGGAAACAUCAUUAUAGAACUAGAGAUAGAAAAUAGAUAAUACAAGGAUUGUUUGCUGUUAUCAUUUAUUUUCCCAAAUAUAAUUUCUGUAAUUGACAUAUAAAAAAUGUUUUUGAAUA